AUGUUACCGAGCAAGCCUUUGCCACCCCCAGUUCCACGUCCUCGCUUCACAGCUCCAGUGAGCUUUUACGGAAUGAAUGUAUACUACAAGUUCUACAUCCAAUUUAUUUGCGUCUUCGUGCUGAUUGCGCUUGCGGGCUUGAGAGUUGACGGACAGAGCACCAAUUCAGCGGAAUGUGUUACGAACUUUGAUCCAAAUACGGAUUACUUUCCCGUAAAGGCUGAUGUCGAAACGGCCACCUUGUUCUCAAUCCAAUACUUCAAGUACUAUAAACUUGUCACGAACAAGUAUACCAACGAGACUUUUGCGUUGUACCAAUGCGGUACCCAGGCACCGCCUGCGACGGCAAUUCCGGCUGGAACGAAAGUUUUCCAAGUGCCAGCGCAGAAUGUGGCGGUUCUGGGCACUAGCAGUGUGGCAUUCCUCGAUAUGCUCGGUUUGAGAUCAAAAAUAUCGUUAGUCGAUUCGAGCGACUUCAUUUCUUCCCCAUGUGUUCAACUUCUGGAGGGCAAUGGCAGUAUUACCGCCCUCUCUCCAGUUGCAGCGAACGCUGCCACUCAACUUAGCACGGUUUCUCUUGCCAUCGGUGCUUCCACUCCGGAUGCUAAGCCCAAUUCCGUGAGCGUUUCGCCCGAGCAAGACCCCGGCUCUUUGAACCGCGCCGAAUGGAUUAAAUUCUACUCAACCUUCUUCAACGUUGAAGAUCGCGCGAUUGGAAUUAUGAAGGGAAUCGUUGCAAACUAUGCCUGUUUUAGGCAGUUAGCUACAGAUGGAAAUAAAGAUUCAACCGCACCAGUUCUCGCGUGGGUUGUCUAUGAUGCACCAAGCGAUUUCAACAACAACACACCAUCAUGGUCUAUUGCAGAUGCGCAAUAUAAAAAACAAUUAACGGAAGCUGCUGGAGCCGUCUACUUUAACACUUCCCAACUCAAAUACACUACCUCAUCAGAUUUUCUUAACGCAAUCAAUACUGUAGACAUCAUCAUUGAUGAAACCUUUAUUGCGAGCGACAUCUCGACUGUUUAUAGCAAUUACGGACUUACGCCUGACGCGCCCUACAAGUUUGUCAAAAAUAAAAAAAUCUUCAGAGAAGAUGGGAUCACUAGCCCGAGCGAUGGAAGAGAUUGGUUCGAACGAGCAGUGCCAAUGCAGGAUGCUGUAUUGGAAGAUUUGAUAAAUGUGGUCAAUGAGAACUUGCCCAAAAGUGGAUAUCAAAGAAAAUGGUUUAGAAAUGUCGCCUUAGGGGAAAAGAAGACGAUUUCUAGUUCAGCGAAUUGUACGGAUGUGAAUGCGCCUACAACGGACGUUGCAUCCAACUGUUCUGCAAUUGUUAACACAGCUACAGGAGAUGGAUCGAAUAAUGGUGGUAACUCCAAUGGUGCCAACUCGCUCCAGCCAUGUGUGACACUUGUGAUUUUUGCUAGUUUCGUAAGAGCACUUUAUGCUUUUGCGCUUAUUUAA